UUGACCCCUAGCCUUUCCUCCCCUCCCUUCUUCCCUCUUCCGCCGUCGGAUUAGGCGCCGCUGCUCCUAUAGGAGCUCUCGACUCGGGCAUGGGGUCUCGGGCCUCCACGUUAUUGCGGGACGAAGAGCUGGAGGAGAUCAAGAAGGAGACUGGCUUUUCACACAGUCAGAUCACCCGCCUCUACAGCCGAUUCACCAGCCUGGACAAAGGAGAGAACGGGACUCUCAGCCGGGAAGAUUUCCAGAGAAUUCCAGAACUUGCCAUCAACCCACUGGGGGACCGAAUCAUCAAUGCCUUCUUUCCAGAGGGAGAGGACCAAGUAAACUUUCGUGGAUUCAUGAGAACUUUAGCUCAUUUCCGACCCAUUGAAGAUAACGAAAAGAGCAAAGAUGUUAAUGGACCAGAACCACUCAACAGCCGAAGCAACAAACUGCAUUUUGCUUUCCGACUUUAUGAUUUGGAUAAAGAUGACAAGAUAUCCCGUGAUGAGCUGUUGCAGGUGCUACGCAUGAUGGUUGGAGUAAAUAUUUCAGAUGAGCAGCUGGGCAGUAUUGCAGACAGGACCAUCCAGGAGGCAGAUCAAGAUGGGGACAGUGCCAUAUCUUUCACAGAAUUUGUUAAGGUUUUGGAAAAGGUGGAUGUAGAGCAGAAAAUGAGCAUCCGAUUUCUUCACUAAAGAACUGAGACCAAAUUACCCCUUGCUUUCUAGUAU